UCUCUGUGCCCGGAUGUGAAGAGAUUCCAUCCACUUGCUUCUGCUCUCUAGAGAGAGGCUACAGACUUCUGGGUGACAUGGGAAAGGUGCACGAGCGACAGUGACCUCGCGCCCCUCACCCAGCUUACGCGAGCCCCUGCCCCCCCGAGCUCGCGCCGCGUGCCCCCGCUCCCCAGAGCAGCUAGGAGAGCGGCUCGCGCCGCGAGCGCGCACCAGAGGAGACUCGCUGAGAAAUGGCAGCCCAAAAAAGGAAGUCUGCAAUAGCAGAAUCUUCUGCUAAACGUCGGAAGCUAGAUAAGAACAGCAAAUCAUCAACAAAGAAAGAAAGAGAGGUGUCAGCCACGAAACAUGUCUUAAAUAAAUCAAAGCCAAAUAAAAGUGCAAUGCAGAAGAAAGCAGUGCUUAAAAUCUCGGUCAAACCUAACAGGUCAGUGGUAAAUAAAGCCAUCAAUAAUUGUGCUAGGCGGUCCUCCCAUUCUAAACUAGUGCAGAAACAUUCAAAGCAGAGUGAACUUCAAUUAAAGAAAAGAUCCAGUAAAUCAGUACCUAUGAAAAAAUCAUCCCUGAAAUCAUUAGGUAGGGUAUCUACUACUAAAACACCCUCCAGAUCUUCAAAAAUAAACCAUACUACUUUCUUGAAAUCUACAAAGACUUCCUCCAAAACAGGUCCUGAAGGGAAGGACAAAUGUGCUUUACAAACCAAAGUUUCAGUUGAAAGCAAGAGACAGCAAUUAAAAUCAACUUCAGAUAUUAAAAAGAAUUCAUCGAAACCCCAAAGUAUUAGGCAAUCUGUCUUGCAGUCUAUAAAAACUUUAAAUGAAACUACACUUAGGAACAUACACGUGGAUAUGAAAUCUGUAAAGGGAAAUUCUACAGAAAGUAAUUCUUCUACAAGUUCUAAAGCUGUAAAAAUUACUGAUAAAAAUUUAGGGAUACAAGUUCAGAGUCCUAAAAAGAAUCUUGCAAAAAAGUCAACUUCUCAAGAUGCUGAACAAUCAUCGAUUAAAUCUUUCGGUGACAACAAACGUGAACCUGAAUUAGGAAUGCGCAUGUUGACAAGAUCAUCAGGCACAAACACUAAAAUAACUGUCAAAGACACACAACAGCAACCAAAAGCCACAAAAAAUAAGGAAGUGUGCCAGAAAAAGUCAGUACAAGACAUUCCUAAGCCAAGACACAUCAUUAUCCCAGAUGAGCAACUAACCAGGCGAUCACAUAGAUUGCAGCAGUUAUCAGAUAUGUCAGCAAGAUCCCUUCAUAAUAGAGAAAUUAAAGAAGGAAAAGCUUCAGAAGUGCAACAGGGCACUCAAACAAAAGGAUGUAUUCAGAGUACUAGAGUUGAAACAGUUAAACCUCUUAAGCAGAAAACAGAACAGAAAAAUAAGAAAACAAAAUCUAAUUUUAUAAGUGGAGAUGAAGAAAUAACUGUAGGAAUAACCAGCUCUCUGCCAGAGAAAAAAUGUAAAAUGGACCAUAAAACCAAUGAUUCCAACAGUUCUCAACAUAGCCUGCAAGGCUCAAGAUUGAUUAUUGAUCAUAAAAAAGUAGAAAUGGUAAGUCCACUUCAACCAACUUCCUUGACAAUAAAUAAGGAAAAACAACCAGUGCAUCAGAAUGUGAAAAGCAGUGUAAAAGCAAAGAGAGUUUCGCAGCCACCUGUAAAUGAAAAAGAUCUAGCCAAUCAGCCGGAGAACGUUGUGAAGUCCAAACGGGUAAGCAUUCUUGAACUCUGUGAAGAAAUUGCAGGUGAAAUUGAGUCAGAUACAGUAGAGGUGAAAAAAGAUUCUCCCAACACUGAAUAUAGAAAAGGAGAAGAGAAACCUGCAGAAACACAGCUGUCUCAGACUGUAUUGCUUACUCAAAAGGAACCAAAUCAGAGCACUCAGUGCAAGCGUUUUUUCCCCAGCAAAAAAGGAAUACCUGUCAAAUGUGUUCUGAAUGGCAGAAAUAGUCCUGCAAACAAAAACUCUAAGUGGACCAAAAUUAAACUAAUGAAAGCUAAUAAUAUACAUCAAAAUAAAUUAAACUCUGCAAGUGUUCCCAAGCUGGAUUUGUUAGAAACUAAAAUUAAAGUUCCAGAAUCAAGUCAAGCAACGGUUGCAGAAAUACAGCUUUCAAAGGCCCAAGGUAAAUUGUCAGUAACACAGCCAUGUGAGAAUAAAAGUGCAACUCAUGUACAGGAGAAAUUGGGAGCAGUUUCUUCUGAAACAGUCAGAGCUAAAGAUGUGACACCAGAAACAAAGCAACCCACAAAAAAAGUUGCUGAAAAUGGCUUGUUGGAUAAUCGGACAAAACAUGUUCCUGAGCCAACGCUAGAUGAGAGUUUUAGCCUGCAUUUGGAUACAAGUCCAGAAAGCACUCCAGUGAAAAGUACUACAGCAACAGCACCACCACCUAAGCAAGCCAAAAAGGAGAUAGAGAGUGAAUCUCAAGGUUCGGCUCCCAAGCAGUUGGUGCGCACUUUAUUCACAAAUCAGACAUCUGAGACUAGUGAGAAGAGGGUCCCUUUGCCAAACCAUUCAUUAGCAUCAAGGUGCAGUAGCUUCCUGUCAUCAGAGCAGCAUAUUCAAAAAUUAAGAGAAGCAGGAAAAGAUGACAAACAGCUGAUCAUAGUGGAGCUCCUUAACUCACAAAUGGAGGAUCAGGCAGAGGUGCACCUUUUCAGAGAAGAGAAAUUGGAUGCAGGACAGAAAAGAUUUGGAGCUAUUUCCUGUAAUAUUUGUGGAAUGCUUUACACGGCAUCAAAUCCAGAGGAUGAAACUCAACAUCUGCUCUUCCACAACCAAUUCAUAAGUGCUGUAAAAUAUGUGGGAUGGAAGAAAGAGAGAAUUUUGGCUGAAUAUCCUGAUGGCAAGAUAAUAAUGGUUCUUCCUGAUGAUCCAAAGUAUGCACUUAAAAAGGUUGAAGAGAUUAGAGAGAUGGUAGACAACGACCUGGGAUUCCAGCAGGCUCCACUCAUGUGCUAUUCUAGAACAAAGACACUUCUCUUUAUUUCUAAUGACAAAAAAGUGACUGGUUGUUUAAUUGCAGAACAUAUCCAGUCGGGCUAUAGAGUUAUAGAAGAGAAGAUUCCAGAAGUUAGUUCAGAAAAUGAGAAAAUCAUAUUUGAGCGACAAAAAGCCUGGUGCUGCUCGACUUCUCCUGAGCCUGCUCUCUGUGGGAUUAGUCGAAUCUGGGUGUUCAGUAUGAUGCGUCGGAAGAAAAUCGCUUCUCGGAUGAUAGAGUGUCUUAGGAGUAAUUUUAUAUAUGGCUCAUACUUGAGAAAAGAAGAAAUUGCUUUCUCUGAUCCCACUCCUGAUGGAAAACUCUUUGCAACGCAGUACUGUGGCACUGGCCAGUUCCUGGUAUAUAACUUUCUCAAUGGACAGUAUCAUACUUAGUGGAAUUCCUUCAGCAACAAAUAUUGGGAGACUUCUGCUAACAAGUACUGAUUGAGUUCAGACCCUGACCAGGAGCUAGGGCCAUAUAUAUAGAUAUUUUAUUAUUAUUACAACGAACUCAGGACUGGUAACAACUAAAUAAAGUUGUACUAUUUUAUUAAAAUUGUAAAUUGUGCAGUAAUAGUCUAACUCUGUUUUUUAAAGAAGAUAUUUUGUUAUCUUUUACAGAAGUUUAUGAUGUAUUUUUAUCUCUAGUCAUGUUUACAUGCAGCAGAUAUUGUUCAUAGUGGACUGUAAACUAAUGCAAGGACUAUGGUCUCACUGAGUACAUACUGAAGUUCUUAAUGUGGUGAUAUACCAGUGUUGCUUGGCACUGUAAUCUUUAGUACUUUACCAGUUUUAGAUGUUUAGUAAGGUAUAUAAAAGAUCAUUUAUCAAAAUUUAAAACCCUGCUCAAUUAGAACUUAAAUGACAAAUAUUACAGUGCACUAUUUAUAGGUGAUAGUCUUGACAGAUUAAUUACAUGGCGGUUCUACUAUGCAUUAAUAUGAAUAACAAAGAUGAAAUUAACCUGAUUUCUCAAUUAUAAGAAGAAUAAAGAAUUUACACAUUUUGCAAAGGGGAUAUUUAGCAGUAGUUUGUGAAAGAUGAAUUUGCAAAAUAUGAACAGGUAUAUGCUUCACCUUUUUUUUUCAAAAAUGCUGAACUGGGUAUAUGCCUUUAUUAGUGAACUUCACUUUGUAUCUCCUUCAUAAAGCCCUCCACUUUAAAAGGGUUUAUAUGGUGAAAAACUGCUGUGGCCUUUAUCUGUAUAUAAUGUAGAUUAAAAAAUAAAGUACUUG